UACUGUCAAUAGCAAAGCCAAGUCUAUUUCAUAGAGACGUCAUUUAAACAUUUUUAAAUAUCUCCCUUAAGCAUAGGCUAUGUCAAUGGGUUCUUGUUUGUAGCAACUACCCGGUUUUGCUAGGGCUCAAGUUGCCAUGCAUUCUUGUUGAUCUAUGCAUUAUAUUUUAGGACUUUAGCAGCACCCUGCAGGUAUUCUUCAUCUACGACCAUGUGCGUGCGGAUAAUGGACCAACUUUAAAUCGGUUACUAGAUGGGUCGAUUGAAUUAAGGACAUAUUUAAACGAACUGUCAAACUAGCUGCAAGGGUUAAAUCCUGCCAGGUGGCGUUAAAUCCUCAAUGCAUAUUGGCAACCACGCAUAACUUUACCACAGGAUCAGAAACGAGCUUUUGAAAGAGUCUCAUUGGGCCGAUAAUGUGCAUAUUAUAACGCUACUUAUAGAAAUCAAACGAAGUACAACAGCUGCUGCGGCUUUAAGCCUGUAUUUGGGAUGGGCUGUAUUCAUAACGUCAUUCCAUUCCUCCCUCCGCAGACUCUCAUUCUUUCAUACAUCUCCUCCCUCUGCUCUUAUUCCUUCUCUGAAUGGCACAGUUCACUGGCUCCAUUACACCUCCGGCGAUAUUAUACUGUAACAUUCGGUCCAAAGAUUGUGUUUUUUUCCUCUUCGGAGUCUUUUUCCUCAACUUUCCUGGCGUGUCAUCAGUUCUGGGCUUAACGUCACGCUUUCGACGUAGCGGAGUCAUCCGAGGCGACACGAGCUCCGCGGGAUCUAGAAAAAAAACAACAGUUCAACGACUACGGAAAUUCGCUCUAGAAAACACUUAUUUGGAUAUGUCUCGACAAAAACCUACGUGCUGACGAAGGGCCGUUUUCACUCCCGGCCAAACUAAUGAAAAGACAACGCUUUCUUUUUUUCUUUUUUUCCACUAUUCCUAAACCAGGGGGAUGAUUCUUUCAGAGUGAUUCCUGGUUUCACUCUGCUUUCGCAAUAUGAUGUUUUCUCCCCUCUCUCUGUCUCAGGAUGAGUUCCAUCCAUUCAUCGAGGCACUACUGCCCCAGGUCCGGGCCUUCGCCUACACCUGGUUCAACCUGCAGGCCAGGAAGAGGAAGUACUUCAAGAAGCACGAGAAGAGGAUGACCAAAGAAGAAGAGAGAGCAGUCAAGGACGAACUGCUGGGUGAAAAGGCAGAGGUGAAGCAGAAGUGGGCCAGCCGUCUCCUGGCCAAGCUUAGGAAAGACAUACGGCCAGAGUGCCGGGAGAACUUUGUCCUGUCCAUCACUGGGAAGAAGCCAGCAUGCUGUGUGCUGUCCAACCCCGACCAGAAGGGAAAGAUGAGGCGCAUAGACUGUCUCAGACAAGCAGACAAAGUGUGGCGCCUGGACCUGGUGAUGGUGAUCCUCUUCAAGGGCAUCCCACUGGAGAGCACGGACGGGGAGCGCCUGGUGAAGGGAGGCCACUGCUCCAACCCCAUCCUGUGUGUUCAGCCCAGACACAUCGCCGUGUCCGUCAAGGAGCUGGACCUCUACCUGGCCUACUACGUGCAGGAGAGAGAAGCUGAGCAGAACAGCAGUCCAAGUCGCACCGGGCUCGGUUCUGAUCAGGAGGACAGCAGAACCACCACCAUGGAGGGGCCAGAGUUCCAGGACAGCUUUGUCACCUCAGGAGUUUUCAGUGUCACUGAGCUGGUCCAGGUCUCUAGAACUCCGGUUGUAACAGGAGCAGGGCCCAGUUUUUCUUUGGGAGAGCUACAGGGCCAUUUGGCCUACGACCUAAACCAGUCAGUCAAUCAGCCGGUCAGCCUGAGGCGAUCGUUGGCAAGCACGUCAUCCAGCGGCAAGCGCCACAAGUCAGGCUCCAUGGAGGAGGAGGCAGACAGCCCCGGGGGGGAGUACUACCCUUCCCCCUCCUCCCCCGCCAGCAACUCCAGGAACUGGGCCGAUGACAUGGAGGGGGGUCUUUCCCCUCCGGUGAAGAAGACGGAGAUGGACAGUCCUUCGCCUCAGGAGGACUCACCCAGGAUGGGCCCCUUCACCCAGCACCAUCGACCUGUCAUAGCCGUGCACAGUGGUUUGUCUCGGAGUCCCCAUCCCUCGUCGUCCCUCCAUUUCCCCACGUCGUCUUACUUCCCCCACGGAGCCAUCCGCUACCCCCCCCACCUCACCCAGGACCCGCUCAAAGACCUGGUCUCAUUGGCCUGCGACCCGUCCAAUCAGAACCCCGGCUCUUUGAAUGGCAGUGGCCAGGUUAAAGUGCCCAGUCACUACAUCUCCUCUCAGAUGUUGGCUCCGCCUGGCCCCGCCCCCUCGUCUCUGGCCCCGCCCCCUUCCUCCCUGACCAGGCUCACGUUGGCCAUAGACUCCAAGACCAUCACCACCUCCUCUGAUGGGGGGGCUAACUCCCCGACGUCCCCCACUUACUCCGCCCCUGGGACCCCCCCUACCAACCGCUCCUCCUUCGUGGGGGUCACCCCCCGAGACCCAGGGGGACUCUACCAAGCCCAGUCGUGGUACCUGGGCAACUGACCGGACGGAGGAGGGGUCAUCACCAUGGCAACGCAAUGUCGAAGGAACCCAACAAUGUUGACGACCCAAAAGGAUAUCCUGAGUAUAUGAAAGUAUAAUAUGUGGUUACACAUAUAUAAAUAUGCAACUACAAAUAUUUAUAUAUGUUUAUCCAUGCUUCAUACCUUUUUUGGAGACUGCCUUUUGGAAAGAGGAAAGAGACGGACGGAGGAAGAAGGUGGUCAGUCUUGCUACUUGGCUAACUACGCUCCAAAUGGCGGGAAGGGGCCACAGAAUGACUGCCUAACGGCGGCCCCCUUUGAUGAGUUGAGAUGUCUGUUAUAGACGCGGAUGAUGGAAUGGCCCAUGUGGACUGUCUCGGCCAUGUGUUUGGCUGCAGAGCAAGGGGUCACCCCCGCCCUAGAGGGGGGUGUGUGGUGGAAUCAUCGCAUCCCCAGGUAGAAGCCUGCUCCCAGGGGGACAGGGCAAACAAACUGAACCGUCCAUCCACAACCACAGUCCUUCACCCCUGACCGCUACCCUUUAUCCCUUAGCCCAGCACAAGUUCUCCUCGCUGGGAAGGACUUCAGCCCCGGCCUGCGACCUAAACGCCCUUUGCCCUUCCAUAACUCCCAGAAUGCCCCUCUUCACUGCAGGUGCUGCUUCUUAUAUAUGCAAAAUAUGCCUCUGUCCUUUUCUAAACCAACCCAAGAUUCAUAGCGAGAGGGAGGGAGAGAGAGAGGGCACGAUAGAUAUCCUGUUGUGAAUAUAAAGGUUUCUUUGCACUUUUUUUCAUGAUGCUCUUUGGAUGUUAGGGGGGAUGUUUGGGUAGAUCAUUUGUUUUUUCCCCGGCUCUCUUCCCACCAGAAGAGAAGGGGCUCUUUCUGUUUCUUGACAAUCAUCACCUAUACCCUUUACGUUGCUUCCAAAGGAUCAUCUUUUUAAGACUCUUUUUAAUUGUUCUCUUUAUAUUGGAAACCGAAAAAAAUGGCGGGACAUAUGAACCAUAUUCAUCACAGUGCGCAAUGCCAUAGUCAUACUCAGUGGUAGAGCUAAGCACAGCGUUAUUUGUAUGCGUACAUCGUAAGAGGUAUAUAAAAUGUUUUUUUACAGGAGAGAAUUUGAGUUUUUACAGAUAAAAAGGGGUGUAUUUUGGGUUCAAAUUGCAGGAUUAGGACAACUCAUGUUGUUGUACUUAUCUAUCUUUAGUAGAAGCAGAAGUGACGCGUUGGACUUGGGCACUGUGUACAGAUGGAAGUCUGUCAGUAUGUGACUAUGGUUCUUGAUGUCUCCACCACCAUGCUCUUAAUCCUAAAGAGAUUGUGUACGUCAUCGCUGUGUCCUCAAAACACUUGUCUAUUGCUUUGGGGGGAUGAUACUUGGAUACAGCAGGCAUUGCACUAUGUUUUUUUUUUCGUCAAGGAAACCUUACUUUCUUGGAUCGUUUGACAUAAUGCAAAGCGUUUAGGCCACAGCAUGGUGUUGUUAUAGGUAGCGGCCCGUAGCAUUUCCCUAGCUCGCUAGCUGAAUGUUAGUUUGAACUCAGCACAGGUUUCACCCUCAUAUUCUAGAAUGUGCCACGUUGCAGAAUGUGAUGUGUUACUCUUGACCUUUCCUUUACUUUCACCAGGAACUUGUGGAUACAGGAAUGAGCUACAGAAUAGUAACCUGCAGUUAAAUGUGGACAAUUUAAUAAGGAAUGUAUGGCUAGCGCCAGGCAAGUUCAGCAUGCUAGGGCUAAACCAAACGAAUGCCCUAAUUGCUUUCUGCUGGCAAUAAGCAAUGUAAUGAACCUUUCGAGCUGCAUUUUAUAUAGUAUGAGCUUCAAAAACGACGGUUUUUAUGUUCCCAACCUUGAUGCAAAACGUUGGGAUGGUUUGGUAGGGAAAAGCAAUAUUUUGAUGAUGGGAUUAUGCUAAUUUGAGUUAUUAUUGUUUCUUACAAAGAUGCUUCAUAUAGUCUUCAUAGUUUUUUUGUAACAUUUUGUAACUUUAUUUCAUGUCACUACCAUUGCAUUGCAACUCAUUCAGUGGCAACCAGAUUACAUCCUUAUUAGCAACUUUAACAAGCUGUCAUAGCUGCCCUUAACAGAGUAAAUUACUACGAGGCCCAAGGCAUUUUCUCACAAUGUUUUCUUUAUUGGUUUAUAGAUUAUCUUUUGAAACACAGCACCAUCAACAUACUCACCAACAUUCACACUCUGUGAUGCAAUUUAGAUAUCUCUUUUAAUUCUGGCAUUUUUAUAUAUUCUAAAGCCCAUUCGUCAACGAUUGAACAUGGUACUCCGUGUUCAGCAAACCACCAGAAGUACUUUUGCAAAAAAACUAAUAAUGAAUGUUAUUUAUGGUGACUAGUUGUUUGAUACCCAAUGCUACAUCAUGACCUCUAUGGAGCUUUGCGGCUUAUGAAACAAACCAUCAUUGUUAGUUCCCAAGGGUUAAUAUGCACCGAAUGGGCUGGCAGUCUCUAGGAAUUAGAUUGCUGUUUUUUUUAACUGGGUGAAAGCAGGCAGCAGGCGAUAAGGCUGACUGUGGUGGCUCUGUGUGUUUAUGCGGUGUCUGAAGGUGAAGAGCUAGUGACUGUGUUAGGGCUGGGGGAGGAUUGGAGGACUGGGGU